AUGUCGUUCCAUCCAGACGAAAAGCUGGGCGAUUCUGCCAUUUCAGCAACCGCAACGCCACCAAACGAAUUUGCCGAUGUCGAUGGUGUCGACGAUGUCGACGAUGUCGAGUCUGACGCAGACCUCAAGGCCGACCGCCGUCUUGUCCGAAAGCUCGAUCUGCACAUUAUGACACUCGCCAUGCUGAUAUACAUUUUCAGUGUCCUUGACCGGGUCAACAUCGGCAAUGCUGCCCUCUACGGGCUCAAGACCGACCUCGGCCUCGUGGGCAACCAGUACCAGAUCCUCGUGUCGAUUCUGUUUGCGACCUACAUCAGCGUCGAGAUCCCGGCCAACUGGAUGGUCAAGCGCAUCGGCCCGUCCCGCUGGCUCGGCUUUAUCACAGCCGGCUGGGGCCUUGUGGCGACGUUUUCCGGGUUCGCGCAGACCUUUGGCAGCUUCUUGGCCUGCCGGCUGCUGCUGGGCGCGCUCGAGGGCGGCCUCUGGCCCGGCCUGGUCGUCUACCUGACGACCUUUUACACGCGCCGCGAGAUUGCCCUGCGCAUCGCCGUCCUCUUUGCCUGCUCGGCGCUCGCCGGCGCCGGCGGCGGCCUGCUGGCGUUUGGCAUCGGCUUCCUCGAGGGCCACGGCGGCUACAACGGCUGGCGCUGGAUCAUGAUUUUGGAGGGCCUACCUUGCAUUGUGCUGGGCGUCGCCACCUGGUUCGGCCUGGCCGACGAGCCGGCCACCGCUUACUACCUGACGCCCGCCGAACGCGCACGCCUGGUGCGUCGUCUCGACAGACAGCCCGGCAUGACGCAGGCCGCCAAGCAGUUCCACUGGAACGACGCGCUCGAGGCGUUUGCCGACUGGACCGUGUGGGCCUUUUGCUUUGCCCAGUUUGGGGCGGACGUGAUGCUGUACGCCUUCUCAGCCUACCUUCCCACCAUCAUCAAGGGCAUCAAUGCCGACUUCUCGACGCCCGUCGUCCAGGUCCUCACCAUCCCCUGCUACCUCGUCGGCGCCGCCGCCUACCUCGUUGUCGGCCAAGUCUCCGACCGCAUCCAGCACCGCGCCCUCUUUGUCCUCGUCGCCGGCGUCAUCACCGUCUGCGGCUACGGCAUGCUCAUCUCGGACGGCGGCGUCGCCGUGCACUACGCCGGCUGCUUUCUCGUCGCCGCCGGCCUCUACAUCGUCGUCGGCCUGCCGCUCGCCUGGCUGCCCACCAACGUCCCCCGCUACGGCAAACGCACCACCACCAUUGCCAUGCAGGCCUGCAUCGGCAACAGCGCCGGCAUUAUGUCGGGCUACGUCUACCCGGCCGCCGAGGGCCCGCGCUACGUCAAGGGCCACGCCAUCUCGCUGGCCAUGGGCGCCUUUGCCGUCGUCACCUACGGCCUCGUCUGGGCCUACUAUGUCUACGAGAACAAGCAGCGCACAGCCGGCAAGCGGGAUGCGCGUAUUUCUGGCCUGACCGACGACCAGGUCCGCGAACUGGGCGACAAGAGUCCUCAUUUUAUCUUUGCCACCUAG